CGUAGAGCCGCCCCCCACAAAGUUCCACUCUAACCCUGUCUUGGCAAAGCACGCAGAGAGCCGCUUGCUAGAGUUUCCUUCCUUCUAAAAUUGCCCGUCAUUGAAAAGCAAAAACGUACAUAUAAGUACCUAGGUACCGAUUAUUUCUCGGUACGUACCGCCCAAGCACUUGAAGUCCUGCAGGUGGAGUUGUGCGCACGAGAAGUACUUUGUACCGUCCCCGACCCUGCCAGAUGGUGUGUGCUAGGCUAGCAUUUGGAAGGCACCUAGCAGAAAACCAACAAGGCACGCAUUGGACCCACGGCUGAUUCUGAACUUGACUGCAAGUCUUCAACUUUUAUCAUAUUCACAACUCCAUUCUUUCUUCCAUCCACCUUUCACUUCUUUGUACUCUCUCUCUUUUACCAGCCAUCAGAUCAUACUUUCCGACACCCGCUGCAGCUUGCAAUUCUUUUUCUAGAAUUGCGCAUCUUACACAAACCAUAUUUUCAAGCCUGUCUUGACAAUCCACCCGUCUGCCCGGGCGCAAGCUUACUUCUCAAUAAAUACCCCGAUCUCAACUUCGCGUCACGUCUCAACCUACCACCCUUUGAUAUCUCCAUACAUCCCACACAUCUCAUAUCUCGAUUCACCGAUGGUCAUCCUAGAAAUAUAGCACCAUAGACUUGUCGGCUUUGGUAUCUGUCGAUAUCUCGCACGCCUAAAGGUCCGCAGGUGACGGAUAACCAACAUUUACGUUGUCGCCAUGAGCGCAACACCCCCGGCUGGCGGCCCAAACGGCCAGAAGCCAACACCUCCUCCGCGUGGACCGCCUUUGCGACGACCCCGUAAAGCUGCAAACCCUCUUCGCCCUUUUACGCGACCUGAGCAGAAAAAGCCACCGCCUCCGAAAGUCGGUAAUGGACAUGCACCUAGCACCGCACCCAGCACCGCACCUCGACCUAGUAGCCGGCCACAGCAGCAUUCAACGCAAGGCAGCCAAUCUCCUCAGAAUUUUGAAGCACUGCGCGCACAGAAUGGAGGAUGGUCGCAACCUAUGCCACCCGGCUGCCAGGAGUAUCCUCUAUUUGUUACCAAGAAGGAUUUUAAAGAAGGCAUACGUUUCCAUGUCAUGCGAUUCGCUCCACACGGUGGCAAGCUUGCUCAGCCUGGCGGCCCUGGAGUUGACCCUACGAAUAUGGACGAAUUCACUCGGCCUGUCACGCUACAUCGACGUGACCCUAGACAACCGCCUCCGGGCCGUGAGGUUAAAGAGGAUACUCCUGCCGAAGAGGAGAAGCCUGAGGAUAUCGCUGAAGCAGAAAGGAUUGCACAGAUAAAGCAGCAGAGGGAAGCUCAACGUGCGGCUGAAAAUGCCCAGAAGGCUCCCGUCUCGAAAGACCCGAACCCUAAGAAGCCUCAGAAGGAGAUAAAGAAACAGGCCGUACAGAUUCACCACGCACCACGUUCUGAGGACCAGAAGAAACAGCAGGAGAUCCGUUAUGAAGAGGCCCUCCCGUGGCACUUGGAGGAUGCAGACGGGAAGAACGUUUGGGUUGGGCAGUACGAGGGCCCCUUGUCUGACUGCAAGGUUGCACUUUUCAUCCACGGCAAAGGAUUCCGCAUUUUGCCCCUAGAGAAAUGGUACAAGUUUUCAUCGAAGCGUGGAUCAUUCAAGAUUAUGUCUAUCGAGGAAGCUGAGAAAGCAAUGAACAAGAAGGUCACUCUUGGUCGUUGGGCGAUAAGAGACACCCAGCGCCAAGAAGCUGAAAAGGCCAUGGCAGAAUCUCGUGCCAUCGUGAACGGGCGCGUCGCAGUCAAGCAAGAGAGCGGUACAUUCAAACAAGCAUCGCGUCAUGAGAAGUUAGACCAUAAUGAUAUCGACUUCUCGGGAGACGAAUUUCAGGACGAUGAUGAGACCGCAGGAUAUGAGCCCGACCGAGACGAGGAUACGAAGACGGCGAACAACCGAAUUCGCCGAGACCAGCUUAACGCCAAUCUCUUUGGUGAAGGUGAUGAAUUCAAGGUUGAAAAGGAAGAGCAAGACGAGAAGAAGGAGGAGGAACAGCUGAAGCUGUUUGGCAAGACUCUCAAGAAGGCACUGAAGCGACGCGACAAGCAGUUCCAGUACGAUGACAGCGAUUCUGACAGAGAAAGGAACCCCUUCGCUUCCUCAGACGAUGAGUCUGAUUCUGACCUUGAUAACGAGAAGGAAGACGAGGAUAAGAAGGGGGAUAAGGACAAGGAGGCAGGAACUCCCUCCAAGGGAGCGAAUACUCCUCAAGGAAAAAAGGCAGCAGCCGAAGCGGCCAAGAAGGGCAAGUCUCUUAAACGUCCCGGGUCUCCAAUAGUUUCGGACUCUAGUGGUACCGAGUCUACCCGGAAGAUGAAGAAGAAGAAGACGACCCAUGAUAGUCGCGACUCUACUCCCUUACCUGACCGUCGCGUGAAGCCCGGCGCCGGAUCCACUAGUGACGGUGAAGGCACUGCCGGUGAAAUGUCGGACGGUGCAGGCGGCAAGAAGAAGCGACUCGCUCCGCUGGCUGCAGGCGGAGUAAGCAGUUCUCGAGGCACUCCUGCGGGAUCGCGGGCCGGUAGUCCCGUUCCGCCCCAAGGAGCUGCCGGCAAGGGACCGAGAUCUAACUCCCCUCCGGCCCAGAGUCCGUCUCAGGGCUACACCGAUGUUAUCACGGCCCAGGAAAUCAUCGACGCUCUACCUCCUCGUCCUCAGGGCGUCACUAUCGGCGUGUUUAUAAAGAGCUUCCAGAACCGCAUUGAUAAACCUGGUUGCAUGCACAAGAAGGAUUGGAUUCGUUUGGUUCGAGCUCAUGCUGAUUUCGGAUCUGACAAACUUCUACGUCGGAAGGCUUGAUGCGGAUUUUAUCCACGAAGGGUCACAAUUACAUACACCCUUCUGUUCGCCUCCGUAAAACUUCUGUUUUCCACGGGGACGCUUAUUUUUUUUUCGUAACAGAUUUCGACUUCUCGGCCCAUGACCCCCUUUCGACAUCGUCCUCUCUUAGCGUAAGGCUUACCUAGGGGUGUAUGAGCCUAGAAUUAUGCGUCGCGUUAGUCCUAGUUAGAUGCGGGAAGUGGACGGGAUGGCAGAGAUGACGAUGUCCACAGCUAGAGACGACAUUCCGGAAAGAAACCGAGUAAAAACUGAUACAUACCCUACUAGAUUUUCUACGAUAUGGGGUGGAUUUGCGCACCAUCGCUGCUGGGUGCUAACCGGGGGUAGGCAAUUGACGAAAAUGGAUCAUGGCCUACCUAGUAGCUUGCAGACGAUAUACAAUUUGCUUUACUACUGAAUCCGAACGCCUUAAUUACAA